AUGCAUUUCUCGUACACCAAGUUUGCCGUUGCGUUUGCUUUGCUUUCUACUGUCAUGGCCGACCCUCACGGUAGUUGCACCUGCCACAACGGCGACAGCUACAACUGGCGCAUGACCACUGUCGCAUGCGCCGAGUACAACGCGAGCGAAUACCCGUGGGGAGGAACUUCGUAUGACACUCCUUCUGGCCGCUGCCAGAGUAACGAAGGCGGCUACAUCGAGGGAGACCCGUGGGAGUUUGCGUGCAAGACCAUCGCCACCAAGGGCUUCCAGUGCGCUGACGGGCGUGGAACCUGCUUUGCCGACCCGGACACGGUCGCGGGAUGGUGUGAUUAA